AGUUCAUUUGAUCGAACAGCAGAGUAAAAAAAUGUUGUUACAGUUUGCAUAGUUGUUCGAAACCACUACGAAUGGUACAUUUUAAUCGUAACCGAGAAGUUUUGUUAUAAUAACAAUGCCUUUAUUUCUGGGAACCACCGUGUUUUCGUCGUCUCAGUUUCCGUCACGUAGUCACGGGUGCAUGUGUGACGCAGUUAGUGCAGAGAAGUGCAGUGUUUUCGUUCUUUUUGUGGUUUUUCUUAAUAUUUGUAGUUACAAAAAGGUAAUUAUGGAAGUUGAAGUUAAAGAUUACCUAGACAAAUGGGGUCUGGCCCAUUUAUGGGAGAGUUUUCAAGAACAGGGUGUAGAUUUUGCAGCCUUUAUUAACCUAACGAAGGAUUUAAUAAAGGAACUUAUUCCAAAAGUAGGAGAUAGAGCAAAGUUUUUGUCCCACUUUAAACGUUUAAAAACUGACAUCUGUAUUGUGGAUAUCAAGAGUUCUGAUGGUCCAUCUACCAGCAAACGGAACCAUAGCGUGUCUGAUUUGAAUUUUAUUUCACGACCUCUCUAUAAUUUGGAAAAUUCGUUGUCACCUGCUUCAACGACAUCAUUAAACAGUUUGGCUGUCGAUGAAAAUCCACUAUUAUCUGAUGCUAGCUUUACUUCUAUCUGCUCGACUCCUUCACAGUCAUCUACACCGUUAAAUGAAAUUAUAUCCAAAGAGUACGAGGAUUUUUUUCAAGAUAAAGCAUUAGAUUUUGUACCUGUUCCCUAUAAAAGGCAAAAUGCCUUCAUUGGCAAUCCCACAGCAGGGGAUGAACCAAUUACCUAUGAUUUUGACCUAAAAAAAUGUUUAAAGAAAAGUGUUAAGGGACGUCAGUUGUUGCAAACGAAGUCCUCUGAAACGUCAUUAACACCUACCCUACAGAACAAUCUAGUAUCAAUCAUUAUUGAAGAAGAAUUGCGAACCCAUUUGGACAAAAGAAUUCCUUCAAGACGGUUUAUUCAGCUCGCACGCUAUAUUAAACAGUUAUUUCCAAAGGAAAGAAUUGAAACAUAUUAUACACCGUACGUCAACGUGGAUGGAAAAUACAAAAAGUGUGCGCGUGGAAAAUUAUUUGAUAAAUACCACAAUACUAGAAGAACAUUAAGACAGUCUGGUAUUUUAGAGACUAAAGGAAAUAGUAGCAAAACCUCGGAAGAGGAAUUGAGUGCAGAAGACGAUAACUAUGAAAAUAUCGUACAGUGGUUAAAAAAUAACUACGAACCGUGGCCACAAGUGAUUGAACAUUGGAAGGAAACGUCCAAAACCAGGCUAAAAAAGUACAACGAGAGUCAGUCUACAAUAUUUGAAUAUUUAACAACAUUCCCUGCACUUAAGAGACCUCUUGGAUACACUUUAUUUGAAGUGGAUUUCCAAAAACUUUUCCCGAAUCAGGAAUACAAUUUAUACGCAAAAAUUAAUGAUUUUGUCGUGAAAAUUUUGAGCUUAGCCAAAAAUUCAAAAGAUGUAAAUGUAAAACAUUACUUAGAAAAGUUGUCAGAAAGUCAGUCUGAAGAUGCCACUAAUGCACUUGCAUUAUUAAUUUUACCCCAUCUUGUCCAAACAAGUGUCAUAUCAAGUACGUCACAAUCAAAUCCAAAAAAAAAAAUAAGAUGGAGACCGUCAAAAACUGAGUGCCAGGAGACGUUUUUACUGCAUGUUCCAACAGCAGACGAAGUGAAGGUGGUGCUAGAACAGCAGCGGAACAAAUUUCUUAAUAAGUGUGAUACAUUUCAACCCCUACCCAUUGUGGUAGGUAACUUUGAAAAUUUAAGUUGCAUGUUACAAGUAGACUCUUAUCUAUAUGGCGUAGAGAGCGUAGUCAAAUGUUUUGAUGUAUGUUUCAAAAUGUUCCACGUUUUAAAUGCAGAAUAUCCGUCUCCAAGUAAGCAUCUUUGGCAGUUAAUUCAACAGCACAUAUACAAUAUUCACGAUGCAAAACAUGAUGUAAAUUACAUUUCCGUCAAUACAUUUUUGAGUCAGUUGAAUAACUGUUAA